UGCAAAUAUUCAAAAAAUAAUUUAAUUUUUAUUAUGUCAGCACCAUUCUUCACAGUGAAAGACGUACCUGCAUAAGAUUUCAUUCAUGCUUAUGCUGAAUAUUUGAAAAAAAAUAACAAGAUCAAGAUUCCAGAAUGGGGUUCAAUUGUCAAGACUGGACUUGGAAAAGAAAUCUCACCAAUUGACUAAGAUUGGAUGUAUGUUAGAGCUGCAGCACUUGCUCGUAAAAUUUAUGUCAGAGGUCACUGGGGAGUUGGAAAUCUCACUCAUAUGUUUGGUUCAGUCAAUGACAAUGGCAAACACGAAUCAGGAUCUGGAAAAGUCAUCAGAUACUUGCUUCAAUAAUUGGAAGCCAUUAAAGUUUUAAAGAAGGAUAACAAAUCACUCUUGAAAAAGGGAUCAAGAAUUGUUACCAAAGAGGGAUAAUAAGACUUAAAUAGAAUUGCAACUCAAGUUGCCUUAGCAGCCAGAAAAUGAUUGAUAUAACAAUACAUAAGUACAUUAUAUAAUAAAUAAGGUAAUUUUCUAUAAUA